UUCUCUCCGCAUCUGGGCGCUGCUGCAUCCACGGCGAUAAGAAGACAUCACUGGUCUCCAUCUUUCCAGGGGAAAAGGCCCGAGCUGCAUUAGCCCCGACUGGGGAGCUGGGUAAACAGCCCACGCCCGGCAGAGGCCUGAGGGAAAGUGACCUCCCCCGGGGCCCAGGCCGACCAGCGGCGCAGCUGCUCGGCCGCCAGAUGCGCGGACUCGCGCGCUCCCUCGCCGCGCCCGGGCAUUCCCAAGCCCAGCCGCCCGCCUCGGCCCCGACCCCUCGGCCGCCACAGCACACGCCGUUCCGCUCGCAAGAUGGAGGCGAAGGCACGAGGCGCCCCCGCCCCCCAGGGAGCCUUUGUGCCCUUGCCGGCGGGGACGCGAGGCCAGACGGCCCGCACCGCAAGGGCUCCGCAGGCACCGAAGAGACGCGGGGGAGGGGGCCGGGCCGCGCGCGCGGAUCUAGCCCGGGCCACCGCCCCCAGCGCCGCGGGCACCCCCGACACCAGCACCCGCACGCGGGACACUGCCUACCUACCGCACCGCGAACGCUUCGCACGUCCGGAGCGGUCUCAGCAGCCCCAUGCGCUGGCCCCGAGCUUGCGAACCCUGACUGCAACUGCGGCCCUCCAACCGCAGCCCAAAACGCGCAGGGCAGGACCGAGCGCCAACCACGCCCUUCGGCCGCGCUGACCACGCCCUUCUUCCCGCCCCUUCUCCCUCCGCGGGAGGGCUUUCGGCAAUUUCGCGCAGCGAAUCGCAGCCCUAAGUCCGCGGCUCCACCAAUACGUGGACGCUUCUGCAAGAUGAGCCCGCCCCCUACUUCGUCCUGGCCUAUGGGAAGCCGGGACUUCUUCAGCGGCUGUCCUCCCUCGCUUUUGGAGCUCCGACCUCAGCUUCGCCUGCGAGCUGGGUUGUGUAAAGGCGGGUCAUUUUGGGGCGCUUAGGGAUGGGUGCCGGGGGGCGCGCUUUCCCGCGUGAAGAUCGCUCCAGGAGUCAUGCGUACAUUCGUUCAUUUUGCUCUGGACGCACUGAUGUUCCCGGCUCGCCGCCGCGCCGCAGUCACGAGGCUCUCCGAACGCCUUUCACUGUGUUUCUGUUUACAUUCGCGUCUGCAAGACCUGGCGGCGCGACCGAGGCCCGAACAGCAUUAUUCACAAGAGCCAAAAAGUGGAAACAACCCAAAUACCCAUCAACUGAUGAAUGGAUGGAAAUGGGCUGCCAUGUUGUGAGCUGCCCCAUGGGGAAGAGGCUCACAUGUGAGGAACUGAGGGAGGCCUCCAGAAAACAGCCAGUGAAGAACUGAGACCCUCAGUCCAAUAGCCUAUGAGGAACUGAAUCCUGCUGACAACCAUAUGAAUGAGCUUGGAAGCAGGUCCUUCCCCAGUGAAGCCUUCAUGUGAGACUGCAGCCCACUUGACACUUUGAUUUGUAGCUUGUGACAGACCCCAAGCCAGAAGAGUCAGGUAAGCAGUGCCUGCACUCCUGACCCAUGGCAACUGGCAUGAUAAAUGUUUUUUCCUAUGAA